GACUGGCUCAGGUGUUAUGUGCUUCUGUAUUAACUGGAAAAGACAGACUCUGGAACUUUUACAGGGCGAGAAGAGGCCACCGGCUCGCGCUUUGUAUACUUUGCACUUGAAAUCGUUACAUUCAACUGAAUAUUUGGCUCAUUCAGAUCCGAAAAGUCUCCUAGCAUCAUCGAAUUCCCUCCUCCGCCCCUCAGCUGAAAGGAGGGAGGUGGGGGGGGGGGAAGGUAGGAAAAUGUUUAGUAAAUUGCACAUCUUUGAAUCUUCCUAAAGCAGUGGUCACAAAGCUUAAAGGUGACACAACAGUGCUCACGUAAAGCCAACACACAUUCCCCACCCCCCAAGCCAACAAUAAAAUCAUCCCCUUCAAUUUGCCAUGAUCGUCGCGACCAGGAGCCAGGUGAUUAUCCUAAUUAAUGUCUAUCUAAUUAAAUUACUGUCAGCAGUUAACCAAUGGCAGGAGCCGUUUCAUCGGCUGCACAAGCAGCAAGAUCAAAAGUGAGCCUUUUCUGAUUGCUGCAUAGUGUCAAUUGGCCAAUCUCUUCUCCCAGGGAAAAAAAAAAAGUAAAUCAAACCUUUGAGAAGCAUUUGCUGGUUGAAGUGCUUUCUGUCUAGUGAGGGGGUCUGUGGAUUUCUAGUUUAUGAUAAAUAGGACUUUAAAAACCAGGGACAGGAGGGCGAGUGUUCAGGUUCUAGAGCUAUGCAGCUGGAGCACUGCCUUUCUCCUUCUAUCAUGCUCUCCAAGAAAUUUCUCAAUGUGAGCAGCAGCUACCCACAUUCAGGCGGAUCUGAGCUUGUCUUGCACGAUCAUCCCAUUAUCUCGACCACUGACAACCUGGAGAGAAGUUCACCUUUGAAAAAAAUUACCAGGGGGAUGACGAAUCAGUCAGAUACAGACAAUUUUCCUGACUCCAAGGACUCACCAGGGGACGUCCAGAGAAGUAAACUCUCUCCUGUCUUGGACGGGGUCUCUGAGCUUCGUCACAGUUUCGAUGGCUCUGCUGCAGAUCGCUACCUCCUCUCUCAGUCCAGCCAGCCACAGUCUGCGGCCACUGCUCCCAGUGCCAUGUUCCCGUACCCCGGCCAGCACGGACCGGCGCACCCCGCCUUCUCCAUCGGCAGCCCUAGCCGCUACAUGGCCCACCACCCGGUCAUCACCAACGGAGCCUACAACAGCCUCCUGUCCAACUCCUCACCGCAGGGCUACCCCGCGGCCGGCUACCCCUACCCACAGCAGUACAGCCACUCCUACCAAGGAGCCCCUUUCUACCAGUUCUCUUCCACACAGCCCGGACUGGUACCCGGCAAAGCUCAGGUGUACCUGUGCAACAGGCCCCUCUGGCUGAAAUUUCACCGCCACCAAACGGAGAUGAUCAUCACCAAACAAGGAAGGCGCAUGUUUCCUUUUUUAAGUUUUAACAUUUCUGGUCUCGAUCCCACGGCUCAUUACAAUAUUUUUGUGGAUGUGAUUUUGGCGGAUCCCAAUCACUGGAGGUUUCAAGGAGGCAAAUGGGUUCCUUGCGGCAAAGCGGACACCAAUGUGCAAGGAAAUCGGGUCUAUAUGCAUCCGGAUUCCCCCAACACGGGGGCUCAUUGGAUGCGCCAAGAAAUCUCUUUUGGAAAAUUAAAACUUACAAACAACAAAGGAGCUUCAAACAACAAUGGGCAGAUGGUGGUUUUACAGUCCUUGCAUAAGUACCAGCCCCGCCUGCAUGUGGUGGAAGUGAACGAGGACGGCACGGAGGACACCAGCCAGCCCGGCCGCGUGCAGACGUUCACUUUCCCCGAGACUCAGUUCAUCGCCGUCACCGCCUACCAGAACACCGAUAUUACACAAUUGAAAAUAGAUCACAACCCCUUUGCAAAAGGAUUUCGGGAUAAUUAUGACACGAUCUACACUGGCUGCGACAUGGACCGCCUGACCCCCUCGCCCAACGACUCCCCGCGCUCGCAGAUUGUGCCCGGGGCCCGCUACGCUAUGGCCGGUUCUUUCCUGCAGGACCAGUUCGUGAGCAACUACGCCAAGGCCCGCUUCCACCCCGGUGCGGGCGCGGGCCCCGGGCCGGGCACGGACCGCAGUGUGCCGCACACCAACGGGCUGCUGUCGCCGCAGCAGGCCGAGGACCCGGGCGCGCCGUCGCCGCAGCGCUGGUUUGUGACACCGGCCAACAACCGGCUGGACUUCGCCGCUUCGGCCUACGACACAGCCACGGACUUCGCGGGCAACGCGGCCACGCUGCUCUCGUACGCGGCCGCGGGCGUGAAAGCGCUGCCGCUGCAGGCGGCGGGCUGCACCGGCCGUCCGCUCGGCUACUACGCCGACCCGUCCGGCUGGGGCGCGCGCAGCCCCCCGCAGUACUGCGGCGCCAAGUCGGGCUCGGUGCUGCCCUGCUGGCCCAACAGCGCCGCGGCCGCCGCCCGCAUGGCGGGCGCCAACCCCUAUUUGGGCGAGGAGGCCGAGGGCCUGGCCGCUGAGCGCUCGCCGCUGCCGCCCGGCGCCGCCGAGGACGCCAAGCCCAAGGACCUGUCCGACUCCAGCUGGAUCGAGACGCCCUCCUCCAUCAAGUCCAUCGACUCGAGCGACUCGGGGAUUUACGAGCAGGCCAAGCGGAGGCGGAUCUCACCCGCCGACACGCCGGUGUCCGAGAGCUCGUCGCCGCUCAAGAGCGAGGUGCUGGCCCAGCGGGACUGCGAGAAGAACUGCGCCAAGGACAUAGGCGGCUACUACGGCUUCUACUCGCACAGCUAGGCCGGCCCUGCCCGCCCGGCCCCGCGCCCCGCCGCGGCCCGGCCCCCUCCCGCCUCCCACCCCCAGCCAGCCCCUCGCAGCUCUCCCCAGCUCCUCCUCCCCACGCCCCACCUCGCGCACCCCCUCAUUUCACUUGGCCCUCGAAUACCGUCUGCGACGAAUAAGUACAGGUCUCCGAGUGCGAUUUUAACCUUUUUUUGCACAGCAGUUUCUGCAGUUAGCACACCGACCUUCAACUUUGCUGUAAACCUUUUGGUUUUCCUCCUAACUCUUCUUCUGUGAAGUUACACUCCUAACAAGCCUCCUCCCUCUCGUCUUUUUCUCACCCUCUCCUUCUCUUUCUUGUAAUGAAACUCUUCACCUUUAGGAGACCUGGGCAGUCCUGUCAGGCAGCAGCGAUUCCGACCCUCCAAGUCUCGGCCUCCCCAUUAACCGUAGGAUGUUGACUCUAGAACCCGGACCCACCCAGCGCGUCCUUUCUUAUCCCCGAGUGGAUGGAUGGAUGGAUGGUAGGGAUGUUAAUAAUUUUAGUGGAACAAAGCCUGUGAAAAUGACUGUAUAUAGUGUUAAUUUACUGUAACGAAUGGCUAGUUUUUAUUUUCAUCGUCAAGGCACAAAACCAGUUCACGCUUAACCUUUUCAUUCGUUUCUUUUCCUUUCUUUGCCAUUUUCUCCACCCCCCUCCACUUUAAAAUUUUUUCUUGUGAGAUAAUUAACAAUAUUCUAAGAGGCUCUGGAAACGUGAAAUACUUGAUAGAUAAUGAUGGGCUUCUCACUUUCCCUCAAUCCGUUGCAUGAAAUAAUUGCUCUGUGCUCUAAUGCACACACAUAGCUAAGGAGAAUCCGACCAAACACCUGUAAAGGAUAGGUGUCUUGUUCAUAGGCAAGUCGAUUAAGUGGCAUGAUGCCUGCAAAGCAAAGUUAACUGGAGUUGUAUGUCCCUCCCCACUCCCCACCCCCCCCCCUUCUAAAUAGAAUAGCUCGACAUCAGCAAUAUUAUUUUGCCUUAUUUGUUUUUCCCCAAAGUGCCAAAUCCAUUACUGGUCUGUGCAGGUGCCAAAUAUGCUGACAAACUGUUUCUGAAUAUCUUUUCAGUCCCCCCCUCCACCUUUAUAUGCUGUAAAUCUUUGUAAUGAAUAUCUACUAAUGAUAUAGAUGACUGAAUUGUUGGUAACUAUAGUGUAGUCUAGUGAAGAUAAAUUGUGUGAGUUGUAUAUUUUACUGCAUUUUAGUUUUGAAAAUGAUUUCCCUGCCACCUAGAAACAGCUGAAAUUUGACUUCCUUGGGAAAACACUAGCAUUAAUGCAAGUAAGACUGGUUUUUUCCCCUCUUAAGUCUUGUUAUAUUUGAUAAGGAGCAUUAAUCCCCCUGGAAAUAGAUUAGUAGGAUUUCUAAUGUUGUGUAGCAAACCUAUACUUUUUUUUUGUAUUUUAAAAUUAAUGUGAAAUAUGCAUCAUACACAAUAUUCAAUCUAGAUUCCAGUCCACGGGGGGAUUUUUUCCUAAUAGGAAUUCAGGGUCUAAACGUGUGUAUAUUUUGGCUCUUCUGUAAAUCUAAUGUUGUGAUUUUUAUAUUUGUUUCGUUUUGUCUGUGAACUGAAUAAUUUAUACAAGUACACACUCCAUUGAGAAACGUUUUGUUUUUUGCUCGUUUGUAUCGUCUGUGUAUAACAAGUAAAUAAAUCUGGUAAAACGCUA